GUGUGUUACACAACCAUAGAAACACUCGGAAGUGGAUGGCACUCAAGGUGGUUGGUAGGUGGUGGACACAUUUGAUCGAAGUGCAGCUGAUUUUUAGAACUGGCUGUGGCCAUGACAAAGCUGCAAGGUUUCGAGUUCUGGAGGACCACUCUGAAGGGGGCACGCUAUGUUGUGGCUCCCAUGGUGGACCAGAGCGAGCUGGCGUGGAGGCUGCUGAGUCGCAGGCAUGGUGCUGAGUUGUGCUACACCCCGAUGCUGCAUGCCCAGGUCUUUGUGCGUGACCCCAAUUAUCGCCGAGAGAACCUAUACAACGAAGUUUGUCCAGAAGAUAGACCCCUCAUUGCACAGUUCUGUGCAAAUGACCCAGAAGUCUUUGUCAAGGCUGCUUUGCUGGCUCAGGACUACUGUGAUGCCAUUGAUCUCAACUUGGGCUGCCCUCAGAUGAUUGCAAAGAGAGGACACUAUGGUGCCUUUCUGCAGGAGGAAUGGAACCUUUUAGAGAAAAUGCUCACACUAGGCAAUGAGAAAAUUUCAGUGCCCCUCACAUGUAAAAUCCGAGUGUUCUCAGAGAUUGAAAAAACUGUGGAGUAUGCCAAGAUGCUGGAGAAGGCUGGAUGCCAGCUGUUGACUGUCCAUGGCCGAACCAAAGAGCAAAAAGGAGCGAUGACAGGCAUUGCGAGCUGGGAGCACAUCAAGGCAGUACGGGACGCGGUGAACAUCCCUGUGUUUGCCAAUGGGAAUAUCCAGCACCUGAGUGACGUGCAGCGCUGCAUGGAUGAGACGGGCGUGCAUGGGGUCAUGAGUGCAGAGGGGAAUCUCCACAACCCUGCGCUGUUUGAGGGCACUAGCCCGCCUGUGUGGGAGAUGGCGGAAGAGUACCUGGAGGUUGUUCAGCAAUAUCCCUGCUCCCUGUCCUACGUCCGCGCGCAUCUCUUCAAACUGUGGCACCACACACUGCAGAUCCACCAGGAGCUGAGGGAGGAGCUGGCCAAGGUGAAGACCCUGUCUGGAAUGGCACAGCUCAACAGACAGCUGAAGCAGCGCUGCCAGGAGGAGAUGGACAAGGGAGAAGAAGGGCAGAAGAGUGUAAACGGUCUACCUUUCCCCCAUUGGAUCUGCCAGCCAUACGUUCGACCCGUGCCGAAGGAGCCCGGCAGUGAGAACGGGCAGCCCAGACCGCAGGUGAAAGUGGCUUGCGUGAAGAGAGCGCUGGAGGACAGCGACGGAACCACUGAAUUCCUCUCCAAAAACAAGCAGAAGAAGAAGGCUCGCAACCCCCACAAGAACUUCAACCUGGAACAGAAACCAAAGUACAUCAGGUGUGAGCAGUGUGGAAACCCAAAGGGGAACAAAUGUGUCUUCAGCUUGUGCCGCGGGUGCUGUAAGAAGGCGGCAUUCAAGGCGACUGCAGACUGCCCUGGUCACGGGCUGCUGUUUAAGACCAAGCAUGAGAGGGCCUUGAAGCUGAAGAGCGAGGAGUCCUGUGGCGGUGCGGUGAACGGGGAGAGCGGCCUCCAGACGGGAGCGGAGCCUGUGGCCUGAGGGUGCAGUCAGGGACACACAGCACACGCACCAUACACCCGCACACACACUCGCACACCCACACCCACACGCACACACACACACCCGCACACCCACACACACACACACACACACACACACACACACACACACCCACGCACCACACACACACACACACACACACACACACACACACCCACACACACACACACACACACACCCACACACACACACACACACACACACCCACACACACACACACACACACACACACACACCCACACACACACACACACACACACACACACACACACACACACACACACACACACACCACACCACACCACACCACACACACACCACACCACACCACACCACACCACACACACACAUACCACUCACACACCCACACACACACAAACACACACACACACACACACACACACUCACGUGCCCUGCUGCUGCUGUGGACUCCAGGGCCGUGCGGGGCAAGGGGAGGGGAGAGGGCCAGACACAUGCAAACCCUUGCAAGCCCUCCCUGGGUCUGUUUACCACGGGGGGUUGAUGUGAACACGUUUACGUUUACAGGGGAACAGGGAACGUCACCAGCUUGUUUUCGAAUUAGAUUUUUGUGUUUUUACAUUAGUCUUAUUUUUUGUGUUCAAGUUCAGCCCAUUUGUUUUUUGUUUUUUUCUCCCAUGCAUCACUUUUUUCUGAAUGCUACCCAUCGAAAAGAAAAGGAGGCUAUUUUAUCUGGCAAGUAAGAACAUUAAUUACACAUGGACAGAAUGUACUUAAUCAAAUGCUUUUAUGAAAUGCGAUGGAACGUGGAUCUCAAUGCCUUGCUAUACUAGAAACCGUGUAUAAAAGGCAGUUUGACUCUCGCUCAUUUUUAAAUUGAUCUCCAAUCAAUUCAGUACUAAUAAAUGGUUGCUGUGAGAGUGGAACCUGUAUGCUGCUAGUUCGUCUGUGCUGUUAAUGAGGAGCAGGCUUGUAUAAUGGACAGAUGUGGAUAUUUGAAAAAUAACUUAAAUACACAAAUACAAAGACUCUUCUAACUGAAAAUUUUAUUUUCAGUUAUGGAGCAUUUUUAGUCUCAACCCAGAUAUGAAACGAAAUGUUACAGUUUGUUACUUUCAUUGCUUUCCAGAUGGCCAGCUUUAGGUCAUUUGUUAUGCUGGCUUGAAGAAUCAUUACUUUGAAAUGGAGCCCUAACCAUUCAUGGACCUAUGGUUUAACAGAUCCCCAGACUUAACUGGCAUCAGGGGGUCGAGCGGUCACGCUCGUAGUAAAGUUACGCACCGGACACGUGAGGCUAAAGCAUCUGGGCUUGUCAUUUGAUAUUUUAACUUGAGAAUCAUUGGGGUUCUGCAGAAUAGUGUGGCAAACAUUAGAAUGAUGUUUAAUCCCAUGCUUGAGCGCCUUAGAAACAAAUUACCAAGCCUUUUUUCCCUCACUUUUGUCAUUAUUGUAUGGAAAUGGGAAGAGGGGAUGGGAGCAGUCAGGGCAUUUGUCUCAUUUGUAAUCAGAAUUAGCCCACAGUAGCCUGCAAUAGCUAUUGGAUGUUAGCAACAUCUGACGAGCCCCUGAUUCCUCUACCUAUGUCCAUUUGCACUGGGUCUUUUUAUUUAUAUACAAAAAAGUUGGUUCUUCUUUUCAAUAGACACAGAUUUGUCAACGUUAGAGAUAAAAUACCAAAAAAACAAGCUUUGGUAAACGGACAUUCCAAAUUACCAGAAAAUGGUGAUAAUUUAAAAAUAUGAAGCAUCGCAUGAUUGUGACAAGAAAAAGACUUCAUGGCCAAUAAAACUGUGAAUUUUAAAUACUUGUUCAGACUCAUGUUGACAAAAUAUAUGUUUAAUGCAUCAGCCUGAUGGAUGAGUUUUAAGAUCAUUUAUCCAUUGGAGAAGCAAUGUGAAACCUGUGAAAAGGAUGUUUGUGCGAUUUCUUCUAAUACCCUGUACCGAGUGCCGUCAGGAGUGCUUGAACGUAAGUAGGAGUCUGUUUUCUUGAAUCCCUUUGUUACAAUAUGAAUCUUUGAGCAGAGAAAUAAAUAGAAAUUACAAAGUGCAAGUGUUUACGCAAAGUGUUUGUGUAGCCUUUUAACUAUACAGUAAAUCUUACCAGUACCAUACCAGUUAACGUGAGGCUGGCACUGGUGUAUUUGCUUUACACCGGAGUAAAAAUAUUCCGUGUUUUGUUUUGCUGUAACAAAGACAUUGGGAUUAAUACUGCUGUGCUUGAGCAAUGUAGUACAUUUUUAAAGUGGUAAAGCCAACCUGUGUCCCAGGCAAGGGCUCAUUCUCCUUCCUAUGUCUACAAGCUGCAGGUGUCCUUUGGUUGAGGGCAUAGGGGCUCAUUUGUAACUUGAGAGAAACUUGGUAUGUAUGAAACAACUUGUUUUUGGGUGAAUCCAUUGUUAUUAUUUUUUUGCUGGAAUUGUGUGACUGCACUUGAUUCCAUAAAAAGUAAAGCUAUAUUUGCUUUAGAUCUUAGUAAAAAUAUUCCAUGUUUUUAUUUGCUGUAACAAAGACAUUGGAAUUAGUAUUGCAGUGCCUUCAGCAAUGUAGUACAUUUUUAAGUGGUAAAGCCAACCUGUGUCCCAUGCAACAGUUCAUUCUCUUUCUGCCGUAGGUCUAAAAACUGCUGGUGUCCUGCGAUUGAGAUCACAGGGGCUAAUUGUAACUUGGUGGGGGAAAGGCAUUUCACUAUUUAAUAUGUAUGAAACUACGUUUUUGGGUGAAUUCAUCUUUUUUUGCUGGAAUUGUGUGACUGCACUAGAUUCCAUACAAAGAAGUAAUAAAAAAUGGUACUCUUCUCCUCUUCUGAA